CUAAUCGACUGCAGUAUUUAGCCACGAAUCUUUUUGAACUUCUUUUACAACCCCAGUGGUCCUGUACUACUGUUCUGAAAAGUGGAGACCCCUUCAAUAUAGGCUAAUUUGAAGAAGAUAUGAUCAGCAUUACUCGGACGAUAGGAGACAGUAGCGCGUUAUUGUCUCAAGGCACAUAAAAACCCGCCGUGGACCAUGGAGUUCCUAUCUAAUAAUCUGCACUGCGCGCUGUAUGGCUAGCGGUUCGUACCAUCCGCGGGAGCCAUGAUGUUGUCAAAGCUCGGUAUUCUUGCAUGCCUCUUGGGUGCUGCCGUCGGAUACCCCAAUGGCUCUCGUGGGAAUACAAGUACGCUAGCUACCAAUGCCAAGACAUCACUCACUCUUCUGUAUCAGAAUAACCUGAAUGCUUCUGAUGAUGUUAAUCAUGUUGGGGCAAUCCUGCUUGAUCCUAUGAGCAAAGAGCAAGCGACGGAUGGAUGUGCGGCUGUUGGCGAGUCGCUGUUAUCUCGAAGCACUCUACAGGAGCAUCAGGAUGACUUUGUCAAUACUUUAUCCUAUCUAGAGUAUUCUGGAAGGAGUGUUCCUAGCCAGAGGUAUUGGAUUAAAGAGGGUGCUGUCUCAGUGGAAGAAGGCGUUUCUCAUUUGACGUUCUCUGAAUCCUCCCCAGAUGCUGCCGAGCUGCCUGUACUAUGUACACAGUCAAGCAACGAAAAUAGUACCACAGGAGGUGCUACGACAUCAAAUGAAAUCCAGAUCACUUCAAGCGGAAACACAUACAUUGGAUAUCGCAACCAGAAGUCAUUUCGCUUCCUAGGCAUCCCAUACGCCGAUCCACCUGAGAGGUUCACUUAUCCAAAGCUCUAUUCAAAGAAAUCUCAGACCAUCCAGACCACAUCCUACGGAUCGCAAUGCGCACAAGUGGGCAGCGGAAGCGAAGACUGUCUCUUCCUGAACAUCAUGACGCCUUACAUCCCUAGAGCCAACUCGAAGGAAACGCUGAAGCCCGUCCUGUUCUGGAUCCAUGGAGGUGGUUUCACAAGUGGUUCAGGGGCAGAUCCCGAAACGGACGGAGGCAAUUUGGCCUCUCGCGAGGAUAUUGUUGUUGUUACGAUCAACUAUCGUUUAUCCACGUUGGGAUUCCUUGCUAUUCCGGGGGCGGGAAUCAAGGGGAAUUAUGGAAUCGCUGAUCAAAUUACGGCAUUGCAGUGGACUAUCCAUAAUAUUGCCCAAUUCGGUGGAGAUCCCAAUCAGAUUACCAUUAUCGGCGAAUCUGCAGGAGCAGGCUCAGUUCGCGUCCUGCUUGGAUCCCCCCCAGCCCUGGGAAAGUUCCAGGGAGCCAUUGCCAUGUCCAACCUUGGCGGCGGUGUUGAUCUCGGUUUGACAGGAGACUACGCGACAACAUAUAGCUCCUACUUGACAAUAGCAGAAUCCUACACUGCCGCUGGAGAACAGAUCUUCUCAGGUGCUGGGUGCAACCAGACCGAUCUCACAGCACAGAUCGAAUGUCUGAAACAAGUUCCAGCCCUAUCCCUUGUCGGACUCUCCACCGUCGCGAGAUACGUUGUCCAGGACGGCCAUUAUGUGAAUACAGAAGAACUCGACCUCGUCAACAGGAACGGUAGCACCGCCCAUGUCCCCGUUAUAUUCGGCAACUGCGCCAACGACGGCGCAUCCUUUUCAACAUACCCCCAAACACCCAUCAGCUCUGAAGUAGAAGGCAUCGCCACCUCUCUAAGCAUCAGCACCUCCUAUGCCCAAAGCAUCAUUGACUCUGGCCUCUUCCCCUACUACGACACCGGCAACAUCACCCUCGACUCCUUCAACGUCUCCCAACGCAUCGCAACAGAUAACCAAUUCCGCUGCAUCGACCAAGCCACCGUCUACGCGGGCAUGAAAUCCGGCGUCUUCCCAUCCUCCUCUACAUAUUACUAUCAAAUGGAACGUACAUUUGGUGGCUACGACCCCAAUAACCUCGGCGGACCCCCAUCUACACCAGAAUACCCAUACGGAGAUCCGAACCUGCCUUAUUUCCGUCUGCACGGGUCCGACCUCCCAUGGGUAUUUGGCACGUUGACCACUCUUCGAGACGCAGAUGAUCUGUCCUCGAUGCAGUUGACAUCAGGCUACUUUGCGGAAUUCGUCAAGUCAGGCCAACCGAAUCCGAAGGAGGAUUAUCUCAAGGUACGAGGGUAUGUGAAUACCUUGGAUGCUGUGAGGGAGACGGGACCAUGGAAUCCAGUUGAAGGGAGUGAGGGACCGAUACGACUGAUGGAUUAUCCGAGUCGGCAGGCGGGGUUUCAGGAUUUGGAGCAGUGUCGGUUUUUGAAGUAUCCGAUUACGUAUUAUUUGGAUGGUGGGAAGUAAUGGUUUCUAUGUAAUUAUUGCUUGUGUAGGAGAAGAGAAGAUGGCUAAAGCUGGGACAUAUAUAUACGAAUGUUACGUUACCAUCCUACCAGCAGAGGCUUUACAUAUACAUCAACAACCUGCGCUGCUCCAGAGAAUGCAUGCAGUAUAUCUAUCAAUAUGUGAAAAUGAC